AUGUCCCCUCCAUCCCGCAGAAAGUCUUUACGCUUGAGGCUGUACCAAUGGCUCUGGCGACUUCGGAAUCUCAGCACACCCUUGCGGCUCCGAGGCAGCCUGGUCCGACUACGCCGAUUCCAUGAAAGCCCCCUUCUCGCUCUGAUACGCCUAUUGAUUCCAUUUCCAAGCUGGAAAUUUCCCGUUCCAGGCCCGGCUGCACCCAUUGAUAUUCUCGGUAAUGUGGAAUUGGAAGAAAAUAAGUUAGAAUACUUGGACGACCUACGGAGUAUCCCACUAUGGCGUGCGCGAGACACCCCCAUACGGUCCCUCUACCGAAUGUAUGAAGCAACGAUGUCCGGUAUGUACGAGGCGCUUGGCCCCGAAACGGAAUACUUCUGGUAUCAGCGGAACUGGUCGUUGCGGGGUAUUCGCGACCCACGGGAUGCCGAUCCGGUGCGAUAUGCCAUUCUAGCAUGUCUGGUGGAAGAACUCGUGGUUGCAUUCAACUGGCGGUUGAGUUUAGGUCUGCGUCGGGACCGCAACCAUAUUAUACGAGAGACAGGAAAGGAUUCUUUCCCUCCGUAUGCGCCCCUGUCGGGGCCGAUUUGGACGAGUUCGGUGCCGGCACUUUCCCCUGAACACCUCGAUCGGUUUCCCCCCGAAUAUGUUUCCGACGACAGCAAGCUUGUGCUGGAGGCAGAUGGAUUGAACAAAGUCUUUGCUCGCCGAAAUAUCGUCACGAAUGUUGGCUGGCUUUACACCAUCUGA